UGACCUUGAGUUGUCAGAACCUCAGUUUCCUUACCAAUAAAAGAGAUAUAGCACUUCUUGCCUCACAGGGUUGUUCUAAGGAAUGCAUUUUCGACACCUGAAAGCUCUCUAUACAUUUUAAAUUGUUAAGUUUUUAAAACUCUGUCUACAUGUAUGUUAAUAUUAUCCUUAGUGUUUAAAGUUGGAGAGCUGGAUCUAAUCCAUUUGUGAGGAUACAGCGUAGAACAAGGGCAGAGAGAUCACAACAGAAUUACAGCCAUGAACCCCCAGCCAGAAAGUAGUCCAGAGAAAGGACUCUGUCCCAUCUGCCAAGAACUUCUGAGGGAGCCAGUGAGCACUGACUGUGGGCACUUCUUCUGCCAAGCUUGCCUCAUCCAACAUGCUAAAAAGGCCUUAGAGGAAGAUGUCUUCUACUGUCCUGUUUGCCGGAAGCUUUGUUCUCAGAGCAUUCUAGGGGCAGGCUACUAUUGUGAAGUCCACCAAAAAAAGGUGGGCUGGUUCUGUGAGGAGAAACAAGUCUUCCUAUGUCCUGACUGCUACAAAUCUCCUGAACAUCAAGACCACUAUGAUCAACCCAUUGACAAAGCCAUCAUUCACUAUAAGGAACGGAUCCACCGAAGAAUCAGAAAGCUCCGGAAGAUCCCAGUGGAAUCUUGGCACCUUCCUAAGAAAAAGGAAAAACUCCAGACUCUGUGGAAACAGAUAGACUCAGAAAAGCAGAAGUUGAAGGAUGUCUUGGAGAAACAACAAAUGGGAGAACAAGGGGACACUGAUCCUGAACUGUUGCUGGACAAUUUGAAUAGCUUUUCAGAAGAGGUAACAGUGCUCCAGCACAAAAUCUCUGAGGAAGAAACCAAACUGAAUGAUCUGAUCGCUAAUAUGGAAGAGGCAUCUAAACAACUGAACAUCACCACGUUAAAGAGUGUCAAUGAUUUAUUGAGAAGGAAUGUUAAGGAAAAAUUAUAUUACCUAGAAGUCAACUCUUCUGAAUUAGAGAAGAAAAUAAGAAAGCUGAUUCAGCCAGCGCCCUUAAUACAAGUGCCCUGCCUAUGCCAGAACACUCCAUCUGAGAGUUGAACAGCUUGUCUUUUCUCCACCCUCUCCAUCCAACCCACUUUCAGAAUGGACUGGUUCUUCCUUAACAUUACUAACUCCCAAGCCUGCCCUACUUUCCCUUCCUGCUUCCUAACCCAGUUACACUUGACCUAUGGCAAUAAAUUCUUCAUUAGACUCCUUUCCCUUUGCCCUGGGUCUUCUACCUACCGAGACCAGGAUCACACACAUCAUCAGGGAAAUCCU